GCCGCUCAGGCGGAGUCAGCGCGCGCUCCGCCCGCCGCGCUCCGGGCUCGGAGCUCCGCACCCUGGGCUCGCCGCCUCCCGGGCCGCCUCCGCGCCCCGCACCCGGCGCCCCGGCGGGCGCAGCGCACCAUGCCGCAGCUGGACUCGGGCGGGGGCGGUGCGGGUGCAGGCGACGACCUCGGCGCGCCCGACGAGCUGCUGGCCUUCCAAGACGAAGGCGAGGAACAGGACGACAAGAGCCGCGACAGCGCCGCGGGCCCCGAGCGGGACCUGGCCGAGCUCAAGUCCUCACUGGUGAAUGAGUCCGAGGGCGCGGCGGCGAGCGCCGGGGUCCCGGGUUCCGGAGUCCGGGUGCAUGGAGAGGCCGAGGGAGCGCCCGAGGCCCUCGGACGAGAGCACACUUCGCAGAGACUUUUCCCGGACAAACUUCCAGAGUCCCUAGAGGACGGCCUGAAGGCCCCGGAGUGUGCCAGCGGCAUGUACAAAGAGACCGUCUACUCUGCCUUCAAUCUGCUCAUGCACUAUCCACCGGCCUCGGGAGGAGGGCAGCUCCCCCAGUCUCAACCCCCGCUGCAUAACAAGGCUGGCCAGCCCCCACAUGGCGUCCCCCAACUUUCUCCACUCUACGAACAUUUCAGCAGUCCACACCCGACCCCUGCACCUGCGGACAUCAGCCAGAAGCAAGGAGUUCACAGGCCGCUGCAGACCCCUGAUCUCUCUGGAUUUUACUCUCUGACCUCAGGCAGCAUGGGACAGCUCCCCCACACUGUGAGCUGGCCCAGCCCUCCUCUCUACCCCCUGUCCCCUUCCUGCGGAUAUAGACAGCACUUCCCUGCCCCCACUGCAGCCCCUGGCGCCCCCUAUCCCAGGUUCACCCACCCGUCCUUGAUGCUGGGAUCCGGUGUACCUGGACACCCGGCAGCCAUCCCUCACCCAGCCAUUGUACCCUCCUCAGGGAAGCAGGAGCUGCAGCCGUACGACCGAAGCCUGAAAACACAGGCAGAACCCAAGGCGGAAAAGGAGGCUAAGAAGCCAACGAUCAAAAAACCCCUCAAUGCCUUCAUGCUUUACAUGAAGGAGAUGAGAGCCAAGGUCAUUGCAGAGUGUACCCUCAAGGAAAGUGCUGCCAUCAACCAGAUCCUGGGUCGCAGGUGGCAUGCACUGUCUCGAGAAGAGCAGGCCAAGUACUAUGAACUGGCCCGCAAGGAGAGGCAGCUGCACAUGCAGCUGUACCCAGGCUGGUCAGCGCGGGACAACUACGGAAAGAAGAAGAGACGGUCAAGGGAAAAGCAUCAGGAGUCGACCACAGGAGGAAAAAGAAAUGCAUUCGAACUGCUUGCUAGCCCAGCGGAGCCAGCGCCAACAUUCUCAGGGCGCUCUGCAACUCUCACUCUUCCAGCCUCUGAGUCCCCAAAGACCCUGCACAGCACCCUGCAGAGUACCCAGGUACAACAACAGGAACCUCAGAGACAGGCAGCCUAGCAUGCACAGGACACCUGGCUUGCUCCAGGGGCCACCCCUAACUCAAGAGGAGGCAGCAAGACCAGAUCACUCGGAACCAGCUAGGGGUCUUCUCUAAGGUGCUGAAGAUUUCAAAGGCUGCUUAACUACUCCCUGAACUGGAGGCCAUCAAUUCAGUGGGUAGGGAUAAGAUCUGUGGAGCUGUCUCCAAAGGGCAGCCUGGUGCCUGUGGCAGCCACACCUUUUUAUCAUGUCUUGCUAGCUCGAUGCCCCUACUGGUUUUGGUUUUGGUUUUGUUUUUUCUUUUUUCUUUUGCUGCAGGUCAGAUGAGCUGGACUGACUGAGUCCAGCUGCCUUCUCCCCAGAUGCUUCUCUUGCCCUCUGCCACACUUUCCCCAUGCCAGUACUUCUUGGACCAAGAAUACCUGGUUUACCACACAAGAUGACUUCGUGGUUGGUAACCAGCCACACAAGUCUAAAUAAUAACGCUUCUCUCUUAAGGAGCUGAGAAGCUCUGUUUACAAGUAACAGCUGCUGUUCCUAAGCUGGGCCAGAGGAAGCUUCUUAUGUGUUCUCAGGAGCUUGCAAGAGGAAAUGGGAUAGGUGAAGUUUAAGGCCUUUCACCCUAGGCACCAACCCUCCCCACUGGUGGACAGUACCCAGCUUUAAUUAGAAUGACUGGGACCUCUUUCCUGAGAAACUCACCAGCCCUAGAAACUACAGUCAAUCAAUUGAAGUUGGCCUAAACACAGUGUGCACCCUUCCCAGUUCCAUCUCCAGCUCAUCUAUGUCAGCUGAGUCACAGCUCGUGGGCAAAUCCCAAAUCCCCAACAGCCAGAGCCCAUCUCGGCAUUUAGAACUGGCCAGCCAGCUUCACUUUAUGGGGCUGCAGGAAGAGAUCUGUUACAACCAAAGCAAGGAGCCCAUAAGACCUCUUUAGUGGACAUGGUUCUUUGCCACAUUCUAGAAAUCCUUUUUGAGCCAAACUUAACCUUGAGCCUUGAAAAACAAGUUUUGUUUGUUUUAACUGUUUUUUUUUUUUUUUCAUUCACUGUAUAUAGCUUGAAUCCAAAGAAAAGGGGUUAUUCAUGUAUUCUACACACCUUUUUUAAAAAAAAGCCUUUAGUUCCUACUUUUAGCCACUGGUUUCUCAAUCCAAAGAUCAUGUUUCUAGUGUAGUGUUACAAGUGUU